ACAUCGUGGACAUCAAGCCGGCCAACAUGGAGGAGCUGACGGAGGUGAUCACGGCCGCCGAGUUCCCCCCGCACCACUGCAACACCUUCGUCUACAGCAGCAGCAAAGGCACCAUCCGGCUGUGCGACAUGCGCACCGCCGCCCUCUGCGACCGCCACGCCAAGUUUUUCGAAGAGCCCGAAGACCCCAGUAACCGGUCGUUUUUCUCCGAGAUCAUCUCCUCAAUCUCCGAUGUCAAGUUCAGCCACAGCGGGAGGGACAUCAUGACCCGGGCCUACCUCACCGUCAAGGUUCACGACUACCUGCGGAGCAAGCUCUGCUCGCUCUACGAGAACGACUGCAUCUUCGACAAGUUCGAGUGCGUCUGGAACGGGUCGGACAG